AUGGAACAGCUGAUCCGAGAGCUAAAUAACCCAAACAACCAAUCCUCUCCCGAACGCAUCAAAGAGAUCCAGAGACAGAUCCAGCGGCAUCAACGUGAGAAGACAGGCUGGCAACUUGGACUUGAUCUUUUGCAACAUGAUGAAGCUAACAUACGUUUCUAUGGGGCCCUGACGUUGACAAUCAAGAUCAAUGCGGACUGGGAUAAUGAUGAAUUGGGGAAGCACGAGCAAAUGAGGAACCAUCUACUCGAAGCGUUGGUGACGCAUUAUAUAAGGCUUGUCAAUCUUCCAGAUUCGAAUUUUGUCCUCCAGAAACUGUGCUCGACCCUUGUUACCCUUUUUGCAAGACCGGAUUCAGGCUGGACACUGCCGUUGCGACACGUUUUCACUUGUCUCCUCGACAAACAAUAUGUCUCUCAAGUACAAUUGCCGGAAAUGGAGCAGUUACUGGAAGCCGCCAAAACUUGUUCAGACCGCCAGCUCAAGGGUGUUCUCAUGCUGGCAGCUGCGAUGAUGGAAGACCUAAGCAUUCAUCACAUCGGUACUGCGGAAGAACGCGAUCUCACGGCCCGCGCGUUGGCAAAUUGCCUCGAUUUCUGGCAGAUAUUCAGAUUCUGCAUAACCCGUGGAACUGGGAAACUGCUGGCUAACAGCCACUACGACUCCGACCGGAUGACAGCGAAUCAGCCAAUAAGCAAGUCGGCUGACUUGAUCAACAUGGUCCUCCAAGCAUCGCCAUACUGGGAAGAGUUGAUGAACCACGCCCACAUCAGUCUAGACGGUACUCAAAUCCAAACCAUUGAAGCAAGCAUGACAGAAUGCAUUCGUGCCGGUGUCCAAUUCCUUGAUGACGAUGCUUUGACAGGUUCGGUCCUUGAAUUCGUCAUUGGCCUACAGCAGUAUGCAAAGAAACUUCUCCACGAAGCAAUUCCAGAUUUCCCUGCUCGUGUGGCAAAUUCUCGGAAGGCAAAAGAGAUCGUGAAUAGUCUCGCCCAAGGCAACUUUAGUGCUGAUGGAAUGCUUUAUGUCGAACUCUUAGAUGUGGUCAUGCUUGACAUCAACACUAGAGAGUCAGGCUACUUACGCUCCGGUCUCUACGAUGAGGUCAUCCGGAGCGUACAACGUCUUCUGCGUUGUGAAGGAGCUACAGCUGUUGAAGACCCGGUGUGCCAAACCAUCCUUGGAAGAGUCAAUGAUAUGGUGGAGGGUUCUAUCGACUGGGAGGACGAUGACCCAGCUCGAACAUUCCUCAAAUCUCUCACUGCAGACGCAUGUGAAGCCUGUCUUCAGAAAGCCAAGUUUCCCUUGAAACAGAUGUCCAAUGACAAUCGAGACUGGGAUGCAGACGAUCGUUGGAAAUUUGAGGAUUUUCGAUAUGAUGUUCGGGAUUUCUUCCAGUCUGCAUAUACCUUAGUAGGGAAUGGAUUGAUCCAAUCAAUUGUGGGAAGGACAUUUUCCAAUGGCACCUCGCCCGACUGGAGCACUUUCGAAGUGGGAUUAUUCAGUCUCACGGCAUUUUCUGACACAAUGUCAUCUGAUCCUGAUACAUACGACGGCAUCAUCACGACCGUAUUUGAGAGUCAACCUUGGUCUUUGCUGCUUCAAUCCGUUGACAGGGUACCGGACAGGGCGCGGCAGACUGGUCUUCGGUUUAUUGAAGAGAAUGUGUGGUACCUACAACGACAUCCAGUCAGCUUGGCCCUCGUUCUGAAUUUUUUGUUUUCAUCACUACACUUGCAAUCAUCGGCGUCUGCUGCCUCGCGGACCAUUUACAGCCUCUGCGAUUCCCAUCGAGGCAUUCUAAGUGAAGGUCUCCCUCAGUUCAUGGGAUCUUUGACAACUCUAGGCGAUAUUGGUGAGUCGGAACGACAUCGGAUUUAUGCUGCGGUUGCCGCCAUCAUCCAAGCUCUUCCGGACGAUGAAGCCAAAGUGCAGCCCCUCUCUCAGCUUCUAUCUUGGACGGCUCGCCCACUCGCGGUUUUGAAUGGCGAAGUUUCAAAUCAGGAUGACUUGUUGAGAGGCUGCAUUGAUGUAAUGCAGACACUUGCCUCGAUUGGAAAGGGUCUCCGUUCGCCUGCGGAUGUACCUGUCGAUCUUGAACUGUCGGCUACCAAUGACACAAACUUCUGGAUCAGCGGCAAUGGGAUGUCAAUCCAACGUGACGCACUCGCUAUUUAUCAAGCAACUCUUCAAAGAGUCCAACCGAAUGUCGACAAUGUCUUCGUUGAAGCUUGUUGUGACUUUAUCAAAUCUGGAUUUACCGAACAGCAUCCAUCGCCAUUCAAGUUUUCCGAUUCCAUCGCACUUGGCCUGAUUAAUCAAUUCAUCGAUUUGAACAAUCCAAGUAUUGAUUACACCAUGGCAUGUGCAUCGAGCUUUCUUGCCUCAAUUGACCAGGGGAACGCACAGACCAGUGUCAACACCCUUGUACACUCUGUGGUGUCGAAUCAGCAACGGGUCUUGUCAGCUCUCCGGCAAUCACAGCAAUUAUCAAACAGCAGCUUUGCUUCUAGUUCGCUUGACUUCUUGGCUCGCUUUAUGACCAAAUGGGGCACAACGUGGUUCAAGAUGCAAGACAGUCAAGAGACGGCCGAGGUAGCCAUGGAGUUGGCCUUGAUCAUCAUGGCUGACCCGGAUACGCUUCCACGACGGUCGGCGGCAGGGUUCUUUACUGCUUUUGCCAAUUUCGCUGGGCCUAACAAGUCACUUGACGACGAACAAAACUCACGGAUAAGCGGCAUACUCCAACGAUUUAGCCCUCGGAUUUUGUCGCUGGUCAUCCGCCUUCUUGGCGGUGAGUGUGCGCGGUCAGAAAUUGAAAUCAUUACAGAAACAUUGAAGCAAUUUAUUCAGAAACAUUCUACGCUCACAAAGGCCAUACUCCGAGAAGCAGUCAUGCAAGAACAAGGAGUCAUGAGUGAGAAGGCUUUGAAAGCGACGAGUCUCGAACAGAGGACCAGAUUUCUUGCUCAGAUAGAGGCAUUGCGAGGGGCACGAAAGACGAACGAUAUUGUGCGAGAUUUUUGGAUUGCCUGCAAAGGGAGUGAAUUUGGAUAUAUCACUUGA